AUGGCUCCUCGUUUCCAAAAAGUCACACGUACAACACGGCGCGAUGACACUGAAAUUAGUCGGUGUAUCAAAUAUCUAAUGUUUGGAUUUAAUAUUCUUUUUUGGAUUCUUGGUUUUAUGAUUACAGCUAUUGGUAUAUAUGCUUGGAUUGAAAAAGAUACAUUUGAUAAUUUUGGUCGUUUAACAAUGCGUGGAACAUUAUUUUUUGAUCCAGCAUUAGUAUUUGUUCUUGUUGGAGUUUUUAUGUUUUGUAUUGGUUUUGCUGGAUGUGUUGGAUCAUUGAGAGAAAAUACUUGUUUAUUACUUUUUUUCAGUUUCGCUUUGGCAAUUAUUUUUUUUGCUCAACUUGCAUUUGGUACAUUAGUUUUUAUAUAUCGCGAAAAGGUUAAAAAUGAAGGUGAAAAACAAUUAAUGAUUAUGAUUGAAAGUUAUCGUGAUGAUCCUGAUUUACAAAAUAUGAUUGAUUGGAUACAACGCGAUUGGUUACAUUGUUGUGGAGUUAAUAAUUAUCGAAAUUGGGAAAGUAAUAUUUAUUUUAAUUGUUCAUCAAAAAUUGUUGGAAGUGUUGAAGCAUGUGGCGUACCUGCUAGUUGUUGUCGAGCAGAAUAUUUUCAUAAUAACAAACAAUGUGGCUAUGGAACUUUAGAAUCAUCAGCUGGUACACACAUGAUUUAUACCGAUGGUUGUCUUCCGAAAGCAUCUCAAUGGUUCGAACGACACAUUCUUCCAGUUGCAAUAGUGGUUGUUGUUCUUGCUGUAUUACAAAUACUUGGUAUUUGUUUUGCACAAAAUCUUCGUAAUGAUAUACUUGCUCAAAAAGCUAAAUGGAUAUGGCAUACACAUCCAAUGCUGAAUUAUUAUCGGCAUCAAUAA